AUGCAGUCAAUCCGAGGUGACUGUGCAGUGAGGAGUGACGAACAGCAGUAUCUUAUCGUUGGAGCCGAACUGGAGUCAAGGCCAAAGUGCAAGGCGACACGGCAGGAUUCAUCAAGAGCGCGGGACGACUUGGCCAUGCAGCUGGACACGAAGGCGCCACGCCGCUCGCCAAUGCGGUGGUUCGCAGCGCGGUGGGGGCAGUUGUGGUGUCGGGAAGCGCCCGAAAUCCGAAUCGCCCUCGCCGCUGCUGCUGUUGCUGCCGUAGGGGACUGA